CUCUCUCUCAACAACAUGACUGACUGGGAAGCGGUGGCUCUGGCAGAGCAGCUCUACUGGCGCAGGCAGCAGCAGGAAGAGGAUUAUUAAAUAACGCAGCUCGACUCUGCAACUGGGAGUGGAGAGAAGGAGCCCAACAGCCGAGAAGGGGAGGGAGGGCAGAGGAGAGGGACCAAAAAAGACACCCCGUGCCCCGAAGACAUAAAUCCCUGAGUACCCCGGAGGAGCCUUAACAAGCGGCGCGGAGCCCUCAAGGCUGCUAAGUUGGCUGUUAUACCACGAGCCUUGGAGUCCCAAUGGGGGACUCAGGAUCAAGACGAUCUACGCUGGUCUCCCGGUUGCCAAUAUUCAGAAGAAGUAUUAGCAGAAGACACGAUUCUCUUCCUUCUUCACCCUCCUCCAGUAAUACUGUUGGUGUCCACAGUUCUUCUCCUUCUAGCACUAAUUCAAGCUCAGGUAGUACAGGUAAACGUAGGAGCAUAUUCCGUACUCCUUCCAUUGGCUUCCACCACAAGAAGGGGAGUGAACCUAAGCAAGAAGCUACCAGCCAGAACCUUAGUCUUUCAAAUGGUGCUCAACCUGGUCAUGGCAGUAUGCAAAAACUGAGUUUGGAAGAACAUGUUAAAACCAGGGGAAGACAUUCUGUUGGUUUUAGUACUUCACGAAAUAAGAAGAUAACAAGAUCUUUGACAGAAGAUUUUGAAAGGGAAAAGGAGCACUCAGCUAAUAAGAAUGUCUUUAUAAACUGUCUAAGUUCUGGUAAAAGUGAGGGGGAUGAUUCUGGAUUUACAGAAGAACAAACUCGUCGUUCUGUUAAGCAGUCAACAAGGAAGCUACUUCCUAAAUCUUUUUCAAGUCACUAUAAAUUUUCUAAGCCAGUUCCACAGAACCAAUCCAUUUCACUGGUACAGCAGUCUGGAUUCUCGUUGGAAAUUACACAAUACCAAGAGAGAGAACCUGUAUUAAUAAGAGCUUCUCCAUCUUGUUCUGUGGAUGUAACAGAACGAGCAGGAAGCUCUUUACAGUCUCCUUUGCUUUCUGCUGAUCUAACCACAGCUCAGACCCCUUCAGAGUUUUUAGCCUUAACUGAAGAUUCUGUGUCUGAAGCAGAUGCAUUUCCCAACAGUGGAAGCAUGGCAGCAUCCCACUGUGACAACUUUAGCCACAAUGAUUCUACCUCUCAGAUCUCUCUCAAUCCUGCUGCUGUUACAAAGACAGCAAUAGAACUUCUAGGAAAUGUGCCCUUUGCUGUUAUGUCUCCUGGGAAAUACAGGUUAGAAGGUCAAUGUAGCACUGAAUCUAAUUCCUUACCUGAAACCCCUGCUGCUAAUCAGAAGGAAGUGUUACUACAAAUUACUAAACUACCUGUUAUGAAUGUGAGUAACUCAGAGACACACCUACCAGCAGGUAAUCAAAGAGAAGAAAAUAUGGUCUUACAAAAUGGAGAAACAAUGCUGGGAACAAGCUCCCCAAGGAAACUUGGGUUUUAUGAGCAACAUAAAGCAAUAGCUGAACGUGUUAAAGGGAUCCAUGCUAUUUCAGAUUCAAAAACAAUACCCUCUUCUGGUGAUCAUCAUAUAUUUAACAAAGCAUCAUAUGGAUAUGAAGCAAAUCCUUCCAAAGUUCUUGCCAGUAGCCUUAGUCCAUAUCGUGAAGGAAGAUUCAUAGAGAGGCGACUGAGAUCCUCAUCAGAAGGAACUGCAGGGAGUAGCAGAACGAUUUUGAAACCGAAAGAUGGAAAUAUAGAAGAAGCUAACAGUCUACGAAAGCAGAGGGCAGGUUCCUCAUCUUCAAAAAUGAACAGCAUGGAUGUUUUGAAUAACUUGGGAUCUUGUGAAUUGGAUGAAGAUGAUCUCAUGCUUGAUCUAGAGUUUUUAGAGGAACAAAAUCUUCAUCCUUCAGUUUGCCGGGAGGAUUCAUACCACUCUGUUGUCUCAUGUGCUGCUGUAGUUCUCGCUCCUAAGGAAUCAGCAAUAGAAAUGAAGAAGAAAGAAGAGCAAAAAUUUCCUGAGCCUUCCAAACAGAACCUUUCCCUGAAAUUAACAAAAGAAGUUGAUCAGGAAGGCAGGUGUUCCCAUAUCAGCCGAAUGCCCAGCAGUCCCUCUGCGGAUUGGCCCUUACAAAGUGUGGAAGAAAAUGGAGGCAUAGAUUCUCUGCCAUUCAGACUGAUGUUACAAGACUGCACAGCAGUCAAGACAUUAUUAUUAAAGAUGAAGAGAGUUCUUCAAGAGAGUUCAGAUAUGAGCCCAGCAAGUAGCACCACUUCACUUCCUGUUAGUCCUCUUACAGAAGAGCCAUUGCCCUUCAAGGAUAUAAUGAAAGAUGAAUGUUCGAUGCUCAAGCUGCAGCUAAAAGAGAGGGAUGAAGUCAUUUCCCACCUUAAGGAAGAGCUGGAAAAAGUCCAGCAUUUGCAGAAGGCUUUUGCUUCAAGAGUAGAUAAAUCCACACAGACUGAACUUCUAGGCUAUGAUGGUUUGAAUCUGAAAAGACUGGAGGCAGUACAGGGUGUGAGAGAGGCUACAUAUCGAAAUCGAAUUGUGAGUCAAAAUCUCAGCACAAGGGACAGAAAACCAAUUCAUACUCCCACCGAGGACCGUUUUAGAUACUCGGCAGCUGACCAGACCAGCCCUUACAAACACAAAACCUGUCAAUUAUCAAGUCUAUGUUUAAAUAAUUUCUUGAAGGACAAGGAGCUAGUGGAAGCUAUCAAACACUCAAGAGGAACUUAUGAAACUCUCACUUCAGAGGUCACCCAGAACUUACUGGCCACUGGUGGACAGAGCACUCUGAAGCCUACAGCCAAGGUAGAAGGGUUCUCCACGUUCUCAGAGAAACCAAAGGAACCAACUGCUGUGGCACGACAGCAUUCAACUUUUACCGGCAGGUUCGGGCAGCCACCGAGAGGGCCAAUCUCUUUACACAUGUACAGCAGGAAGAAUGUUUUUCUCCACCACAAUUUAUACACCACUGAGCUGCAGACUCUAGGCCAGCAGGAUGGGUAAUUAAAUCACUCUGUUCCUGUCUCUAUUUAGGAUAAAGACGGCUAAGACCAAGCAUUUCUCAUGCAUAACUCAUAUUUAAAUUGUCAUGUACCUUUUGUUAUUUUUUAUUUUUAGUUAUAAACAAGGACUUGUGCACUUUUUUCCUUCUUUAGAAUGAGGGUUUGAGCAUG